GUCGUCGCACCCACUCACGAGAUGGGAAAAGACGAACAACAACAUGGUGGGCGUAUCUCUCCACGUUCUAGCGGGAGAUAGAUUUCCAUUCCCGCUUUUCGCACGUCUGGUGGGUAUUGCGGCGAGCCCCUGGGAUUCGCGGACGCCAUCACCAACGCCGCCCCACAACUUGAAGGUGGUUACCCGCCAUAGCCUGGCUGCUUGCGUUCAUCCAGUGUCUGGCAGUCAACAUUUUCACUCGUACAGCUUCGCAGCCGGGCGCUGGAUGACUCUGCGCGCGUGUUUGCCAGGAGCAUGUUUCUGGUCUCGAUCUGGGGAUUCGAGGGGCUCGAAGAUGGCUGUCGCGACGAAGGUUGUGGACGUGCCGUCGGCGGAUGGAUUCGAUGAGGCUAUGGAGAAGCUAGCGGAGGUGCCGAAUGUGUAUGUGGUGUUCCUUGCGGACAAGGAUCGCUCGACCGGCCAGAGCUGGUGUCCUGAUUGUCGAAAGGCGGAGCCGGUGAUUGACAAGUGCUUCGCGGAGGCGGCGGCUGAAAAGGAAAGAGUUCUUGUGCGGUGUUACGUCGGGGACGGGCCGACGUGGCGCAAUCCUCAGCAUCCGUUUCGGACGGACAGCAGGCUGAAACUGACUGGAGUCCCGACUCUGGUCCGGUGGGAGAAAGGCGCCGUCGUCCGCUCUCUCGGCGAUGUAGAUUCCGCCAAUCGAAAACUGGUUCUCGAUCUGAUUGCCUGAUCUCUCUCUCUCUCUCUCUCUCCCCCUCCCUCUCUCUCUCUCUCCCCCUCCCUCUCUCUCUCUCUCKCUCUCCCUCUCUCUCCCUCUCUCUCUCUGUGGUUCCCUCUUGUGCGCGCCGCGCACGCCCGCGGUAACUCUCCUCUCUACGUGGCAGGUUUCGAACCAUCGAGAAAUUGGUUGAUUGAUUGAUUGAUUGAUUGAUUGAUUGAUUGAUUGAUUGAUUGAUUGAUUGAUUGAUUGAUCGACUGGCAGAGAGGUCGGUUUGGUGAUUGAUUGGUUAAUUGAUUGGCUGAUAGAGGCAUUCCACGGUCGAGCACAUAACAUGCGGUUUACUAUCAGUCGCUGGGACGAUGGUUCCGCUUGGUGAAAUUGGCGGGGGGAGGGUCCAGAGGGGAGAAGGGGGCAUAUGAAUGACGAGAAGGACCCACCCUUGGCCCCAGCUUUGAGAUGGUGAGCGGAUUACACAUUUGGUGUCUGAUGAGCAUAUGCUUGCUGACUUGUACCGGCAUAUGACGUGGGGAGCAGUCCCGAUCCCGUCUGAGGCCAAUGGCGGCGCUAGGUUGAUCAGGCGAGUCCCGACCUGUGGGCGGACAGUCUCCUCGCCCACAGGUCGGAACAGGGGACUUUGGGGUGCAGGCAGGCAGGCAGGCUGACGACGGACCGCUAUGGGAUCCCAACAGACUUGGCGCGCAGUGACCGGUAGGCCAGAGGGGAAAGGCCGGGGAGGUAAAGGGGUGCAUGACUUGUCGAGCUCCCGGGAGUUAUCAUAUGGACAUGCCACGUGGAUUGAUGAUAGGGGGAAAAGGGGCUUUUUGAUGAGCGUGGACACGCCACGUGGAUUGAUAAUAGGGGCAGAAGCGGCUUUGAUGAGCAUAGUUAAUGUGAAAUGAUUUAGUUGCAGAAUGCACCUUCUUGAUGUUUCCCGCGUCGCUGCUUCCCCGCCCUUUUCCCCUUCCCCCUUCCCCCUUCCCCCUUCCCCCUUCCGCCAACCCCCUCCUGGCGCGUGCACAUCACGCGCUUUCGAACGGUGGCCUCACUUCGGUGCAAGCGCGUGAGCAUGAGAGAUGGUCGUUGCAGGCUGGUGCUAGGUUCAUGCUAACUAAGUACGAACCUGGCCACUAUUACGGCCUCGUUCGUGCCUCUGAACGUCCACCUGGUAGUGGGCCCUGGCCCUUUAGUUUCUUGACUCCAGGGAUCUGAGGUGGGGCUGUUUGUUUGUUUGUUUGUUUCUUUGUUUGUUUUUGUUUGUUUGUUUUUGUUUGUUUGUUUUUGUUUUUUAGUGUGUGUGUGUGUGCGACACGACAACUUCACUUGUCGUGAUAGAGAGCAGAAUUGCAGCAUCUACAAAGUGAUGAAAAGGGAAUGCGACGCAGUUCGUGCUGGCCGAGAAACAAUCAAUCAAUUAAAUCAAUCAACGAAUUGAUCCAUCCAUCCAUCCACCAUCAAUCCAUCCAUCAACCCGUCAAUCCAUCAAUGCAUGAAUAAUCAAACAAUCAGUCAAUCAACCAAUCAAGCAAUCAAGUGUAGAAGUCAGAUUAUGCUCGCGCUCGCGCUCGCGCUUGAGCACAUAUCAUCCUCGAGCUCCUCAGGGUGUCGAUGGGAUAGUGGACGUUAAUGCUGACUGUCGGGUCCUGGUCUUGCGAAUAUGCCUCGGGAUCGGGACAUGGGACACUGCACCUGGCCCUUUGCGUCGAGUGCAGUUCAUUCGACGUGGAGUUCAAGGCGGAACACCCAGAGCACACUAACGGUAGACACGAACGGAGCACACUAACGGUGGACACGAACGGCGCACACUAACGGUGGAUACACACUAACGGAGCACUCUAAGGAUCACACUACACACUAGCGGUGGACAGGAAUGGGGCGCACCAACGCUGGACAGGAAUGGAGCACACCAACGGUGGACAAGAGUGGAGCCUACUAACGGAGCACACUUAACGGAGCCUACUAACGGAGCACACUUAACGGAGCCUACUAACGGAGCACACUAACGGAGCACAUUAACGGAGCACACUAAUGGUGGACACGAGCGGAGCUCACUACACACUAACGGAGCACACUAAUGGAGCACACUAACGGAGCACGCUAACGGAGCACGCUAAGGAUCACACUAAACGGAGCACACUAAUGGUGCACGUGGACAGGAAUGGAGCAUACUAACGGAUCACACUGAAACGGAGCACUUUAACGGUGGACACUUCUGAGGACCACGAUAGAAUGGAACUGACUAACGGAGCUUACAGUAACAGAGCUUAGACUAACGGAGCUUGCUCUAACAGAGGUUAGACUAGCGCAGUUUAGAAAAGACCAGAGCUUACACUAACGGAACACAGUAACGGAGCAUAACGGAGCCUACAGCAGAGAGUUUGUUAGGUGUGUGGGUGGGUGGAGAGCGGGGCGAUAAUCGACCUCCAGAGGAGGAGGAGGCUGUGUGUGAUGGAUGACCUUUGGUUGACACACUGUCUUCUCAUCAUGAAGGAUCUUGCUGUUUGUGAGGAAUUCCAUUUGCAAUUUUACCCAUUUCUUUCUGCAUUCGAUUUGCAAUUUUACCCUUUCUUUUUCUUUCUAAUUCCCUUCCAGAUACACGUGGAUCUGUAACUUUGGGCGUCGCUCCGCUACUCACCAAAUGUGCAAAAUGCGAAUGAAUGUCUGCCCAGAAC